GUUGGGACUUGGCGCAUGCGCAGGGCCGGCGGGGGGCGCAGUGCGGACGCGAUAGGGCGUGACGCCGGUCUCCAUCCUCGAGGGCGGGCAAUGGCGAGCAGAGAGGAGAAGGUCCAGUUACUGCGCUGCAAGAUGAGAACUUACCCGGACUUCCCCAAACCGGGGGUCACUUUUCAAGACAUCUGUCCUAUUCUGAAAGACCCAAAUGCCUUCAGGGCAACCAUUGACUUGUUUGAAGAGCAUCUGAAAGAGAAUUGUCCUCUCCCUGACUUGGUUGUAGGGCUGGAUGCCCGUGGAUUUCUAUUUGGCCCUGUCGUAGCACAAAGACUUGGAAUCGGGUUUGUGCCAAUUCGAAAGAAAGGAAAGUUACCAGGACCAAUUAUAUCUGUUGAAUUUAGUUCUGAAUAUGCAAAGGGAGAACUUGAGAUACAAUGUGGUGCUGUGGAAUCAGGGCAAAAAGUUGUUGUCAUCGAUGAUCUACUUGCAACUGGAGGUACUCUGAGCGCUGCUUGUGAACUGUUGAAGAAAGUGAAUGCUGAGACUCGUGAAUGUUUGGUGGUAAUUGAAUUGAAGGCUCUGAAUGGUUUACAGAAGUUGGGAUGUGUGCCUUGUUACUCAAUUUUGCAGUAUUAAGUAAAACAUGUUAUCAAGAC